AAGUGUACCUUAACAAUGGCUGGGACUCUAUUUAGAUCCUUAUUCAUGAACACAUUAACACUCUGCAGAACAAAUACCCCUAGUCUCAAAUCAUUUCACACAGCACCUGUGUACUAUGCUGCUCGCAAAGGCACCAGGGCGAAAGCUCGCGCCAAGAAAGUAAAGGUUGAGGUUACAAAAGUUGGAUUUGUACCACAUAAUCAAAGAGGAAGGGAAGGAAAGCAAAACAAGUUAAGCAAGAGUCGUUUCGUGGAUGAUGAAUAUAAGCAAAUAUCUCAAGAUGACGUAUUUCCAAUGAAAUAUUACCGUUGGGUCACAUACUCAGCUGAGGAAGCUGUCAAGCUGCAUCAGGAGACGCAUCACCCAACUAUGUAUAAUGUCCCUGAUGCCCUUGUCUUUGCUGAAAUACAUUUAAACAUGGCUGCUGUUAAAAAGAACCGUUACCUAGACAACUUCGCGCGACUGACUCUUCUCCCUCACUUCUUCCCGCGCGAUGAAGAACGGUCAAUUCUAGCAUUUUGUAAAGGACAAGACUUGAUCAGAGAAGCCAUCGAUGCUGGGGCCACUACUGCCGGUGGGACAGAAGUGGUAAAAAAGAUACAGGAAGGUGAAAUCAAACUAAGUGAUUACGAUUAUAUAAUUGCUCAUCCUAGUGUGAUCACGGAUCUUGUCCCUAUACGAGGUUUAUUGAAAAGACGAUUCCCCACUGUUAGAAAUGGCACUCUAGACCCUAAUCUUGGAGAUUUGGUCAAAAAAUUUGCUGCAGGUGUUCAGUAUAAGGUGAUGAAAGACGAGAAUCAGGAAAGUUUGGGAACUGUUUCAAUACCUGUUGGAAGGCUGAAUAUGAAUGCCAAGCAAGUGGCCGAAAACAUAGCGGCUUUAUUGGUAGACCUACAAGCGGCUCGGCCUAAGAGAGAAGGCUAUUUCAUCACUAGGUGCGUAUUAACAAGUCCACCAACCACGGAAAAGUUAAAGAUUGAUCCAUUUGUGUACGUCGAACGGGAACUGGCGAAGGAAGUUCAAGAAGACAGCGACGACGAGGAAGAAGCAGUCGCUAGAGGAUAGUUUUAUGCGUAGUUUAUUAGAUUAGUAUGUAAAAUUAUAUAAAUAAAAAUG